GGGUCAGACGAACAAAACAGCGAACCGGUUCCUUCAUUUUCUGAACGACAAAUCCUUACUUCUCAAGAAAUAGCACAGUCUUUUGAUACUUAGAAGGGAGGAACCUCUCCCAGAACACGUUACCAUGGCAAUGCAGAUGGAGCGCCCCCAGGCUGUUGUGGAGGAGGAGGAUGAGGAGAACUUUGGACCGAUGCUGGUGAAAUCCCUCGAGCAACAUGGUAUCAGCGCUAGCGAUGUGAAGAAGCUGGAGGAAGCUGGGUUCUACACUGUGGAGGCAGUGGCAUACGCACCAAAAAAACAGCUCAUCAACAUUAAAGGCAUCAGCGAGGCUAAGGCAGAUAAGAUUUUGGCGGAGGCGUGUAAGCUGGUUCCUAUGGGGUUCACCACAGCGACAGACUUCCACGCAAGGAGAUCAGAGAUGAUCUCCAUCACCACAGGCUCCAAGGAGCUGGACAAACUGCUGCAAGGAGGAAUUGAGACGGGAUCUAUUACAGAGAUGUUUGGAGAGUUCCGUACAGGAAAGACACAGUUGUGCCACACACUCGCAGUCACAUGCCAGCUGCCAGUGGACCAGGGCGGAGGGGAGGGAAAGUGCCUGUACAUCGACACAGAGGGAACCUUCAGACCAGAGCGACUCAUCGCUGUCGCUGAAAGGUUUAACCUGUCAGGUCCAGAUGCGCUGGACAAUGUCGCCUGUGCUCGUGCCUUCAACUCUGACCACCAGUCCCAGCUGCUCAUGCAGGCGUCGGCCAUGAUGGCUGAGUCAAGAUAUGCCUUGCUGAUAGUAGAUAGUGCCACAGCUCUGUAUCGUACUGACUACUCUGGUCGCGGGGAGCUCUCUGCUAGACAGAUGCACCUGGCUCGCUUCCUCAGGAUGCUACUCAGACUGGCUGAUGAGUUUGGUAUCGCAGUGGUGAUAACCAAUCAGGUAGUGGCUCAGGUGGAUGGAGCGGCCAUGUUUGCUGCAGAUCCAAAAAAGCCCAUCGGUGGAAACAUCAUGGCCCAUGCAUCAACAACUAGGUUGUACUUAAGAAAAGGCAGAGGUGACACAAGAAUCUGUAAGAUUUACGACUCCCCGUGUCUGCCUGAAGCAGACGCCAUGUUCUCCAUCGGAAAUGAAGGAAUAACAGAUGCGAAGGACUAGAUUCCCUCAGAAACUUUGGCAUAUUUAUCCUAUCUAGUAUGAAAUAAAUAAAGAACACUUGUAUUACUUAACAUUAUGGAAUGAAAAGACUACGUACAUCUAUGUCAGCUAGUGACAUUUUCCUGGAGGGCUACAAAGCUAUGAAAUAGAUAACACAUUUCGCAGUUUAGUUACUAUUCUACUUUUAUCUGUACUAUUAAAUGGUAAAAAAAAGAGAUUAAUUGCAUAUUCUUCAAUAUGAACCUGUGAUGAUGUAUGUUACCAUAUAGCCCAAGUGAGGCAUUCAUUAUUUAGUAAACGAUUCUUAUUUAGAUUGAUGAAGAGCAUUCAAAUUCUUCUUGAGAUUGAAAUGUUAUUGAUGGUACCAACAGCAAUAAAGUUAAACUCCAAACUU